UGCGAUGUUGUAGAUAUUGUGAAGCUGAUGGCGCCGGUCAAACUUGUGACCACCAGCAUGUGUGAAGACAAGCGGCCCACACUCUCAAUGAUUUGUCCUGUCAGAGCAAAGCUUAAAAAGAACUUUGAAGCAUCAGAUGAAGACUCAGCGGUAAUCAGAGAGAUGAAACAAGCAUUCAGAAAUGACUUGGAGAAGCGCUACACUGGCCUGGAUGAUCUGUUCUACACUGCAGCAGCUCUGGACCCCCGCUUCAAGUCUCUGCCCUUCCUGACUGACCAUGAUGCUGAGCGGACGUUCACAAGCAUAACAGCAGAAGCUACAUCCCUGCAUAACAAGGCAACAGGGGAUCCAAUUCAGAGAGGCCCACUGCAGACAAAUCCAUGUCAGACUGAACCUGCCCUUGGAGAUCUGGACAUUAGCAUUGAUGCACCCCAGACCCAAGAUGAGCCUAAAGAUGAUGACCCUCCUCUCAAAAAGAAGAAAAUGUCAGCGUUGGACCAGCUGUUGGGAAAAGACUUUGAAGUGAGGAUGGGAGCUAGAUCUGUAAGAGACAAGGCCAACGAAGAAGUCAAGAGGUACAGAGAGCGUGAUCUGUUGUCCCUGCAAAAAAACCCACUGCAGUGGUGGAAAGAGCAGCAGGACUUGCCACUGCUGUCGUCUCUGGCUAAAAAAUACCUCUGUAUCCCGGCCACCAGUGUGGCAUCUGAGCGGGUGUUUAGUACUGCGGGAGAUAUUGUUUCCUCUAAACGCAGUCUACUCAAACCUGAGCACGUGGAUCAAUUGAUAUUCCUGAAGAAAAACCUGUCCCCCAAAAACAACAAGGAUAGUGAGACUUGAAUGAAGGAGAUUUGUAAAAAAAAAAGCAGCAGUUUGAUUUAUUUUAUACAUAUGUUUAUUGUUUAAUACAUGUGUUAAUGUUACAUAUGUUAAUAUGUUGCAUAUUUAUUUCCUUUAAUCUUUUACAUAAUGCACUUGUCACUGUGUGUUAAGCAUUGUUGAGAUAAGAAUGUGGUUGCUGCUUUGUUCUUCCCCCUCUGACACAUUUUGAGAUGUCAUAAGGUUUUGGUUACAUGGUUUGUUUAUAGGUCACAGGUUCUGAACCCAUUAUCAAUUCCUGCGGUGCCCUCAAUCUGCUGCUGCUUACAUUUUUCAGUUUGUAACUUGUAACUUGCACCUUUGUUUUCCAAACACUAUGCUCAGGUUGUGAUUUUUCUACCUCUUUGGUCCAUGUCUAAAAAUAAAUACAUUGACAUGUGA